AUGGCCGAACGCUGGGAUCGCGAUCGCUUCGAGCGCAUGUCCCGAGGCCGCCCCGACGAUGAUGCAGCCUCGUACACUCGCAGCACUCGACCUCGCGACCAUUCAGAUGAGCGAUAUGACCGUCGACCUGGCCGCGGUUACUAUGAAGAAGACAACAUGAGCAGAGAUCGUCGCUAUCCAGAUGACCCUCGAUAUCCUCCUCAGCUUCAGCGAGAGCGAGAGAGAGAGCGAGAGGCUCCUCCUCCUUGGGCUCGCCGAACUGAUGUCCUAGAGAGAGAACGAGAGCGAGACUACCCUCGCCGUGAAUCUCCUCCUCGUCGACCUGGCUUCCUCCGCAGACAAUCAUCUCUUGACACUUAUGACCGCCGACCCAAAUUCUUCGAACACCGUGAGGAAUACCCGGCUCCCGCUCGCCGCGAAGACGUUCGUCCUCGAGAUCCUCGAGAAGAUUACAGAGCUCCUCCUUAUCAGCCUAUUCCUCUUCCCAAGAGCCGAGGACUCCCACCGCCUAGAAGAUACAACGACGAGCAUUACGAUGACAUCAAGGUCGCCGAGCCCGACUUUUACGGCGAUGAGGAUUACCGAUCCAUGCCUGAGCGUGUUCGUGAGAGAGAGUACACUCGAUCCCGCAAGAGCCGCGGUCGUGGCCGUGACCGUAGUCGCGAAUCGCGCUCAACUCGAACUCGUUCCGUUCGAAGCAGCUCCUACUCUUCCGGAUCUUCCAGCCGUUCUUCCAGCAGCAGCGGAGGUACUACAGUAAGAAGCGAGUAUCCCAAGAAGGGCAAGACUCGCAUUCCAGCCAAGCUUGUUUCCAAGCGAGCUCUUAUCGAUCUUGGAUAUCCAUUCUUUGAAGAGGGCCACACAAUCAUUGUUCAAAAAGCUCUUGGCCAAGACAACAUCGAUGAGCUACUUAAAGUCAGCGAGGACUACAAGAAGGUCGAGGCUGAAAUUGCUGCUUCUCGAGAACCCAAGGCACCCACAGCUGCUCUGCCUGCACCCCCAGAGACAGUGAGGGAGCCUACUCCUGAGCCACCACCAGCAAAGACCCCUCCUCCACCUCCUCCUGUUCAGGAACCACCUACGCCUAUGCCUCCCGUCCAGGCAACUCCAGCUCCUCCUCCCGUUCAACAUGUACCUCAGCCUAUGCCAAUGCCUACUCCGGCACCACCGCCAGUUUACUAUCAGCCUCCUCCUCCUCACAUGGCUCAGCCAGUGCCUCCUCCCGCCUUUUAUCAACCGGGACCUCCUCCGAUGGGCGGACCCCCAAUGGGCGGCCCUCCUAUGGGUGGUCCUCCAAUGGGAGGUCCUCCUCAGCAAUCUGUGUAUGACUACGAGGAAACCGUCAUUCGAGACGUAUCGCCAUCUCGAACCACGACUAGCAUGUCCAGCUAUGACUCUUACUACCGUGAUAGUUAUCAUCACCACCACCACGCCCCCACCGAGGAGCUUGUUGUUCGGGCCCGCUCGAGAUCUCGAAACGGCAAGGACAUUCGAAAGGAGAUCAAGGCUCUCGAGCGAGAGCUGGCACACCGACCCAGAGGCCGCUCCACCGGCGGUGAGCUCGUUCGCGCUGAGCGCUUGCCCGAUGGCCAGCUGGUCAUCAGGGAAGAACGUGUCGAAAAGGAAGUUCUGCACCGUAAACCUCCUCGCAUCGAGAAGGACAAGAAAGGACCUCCUCCAAAGCUCAUGCGGGCCAUGUUUGCUACUCUCACUUGA